AUGAAGAUCACUGAAACUCCUUCCGUCAUUUUGUGCUCUUUCCAGAAGCUAGCUAAAUCUUGCGAAGCAUUUCUAACUAAAUAUGCCGUCCAGCCUUUGAAUACUUUAUUCUCAAAGAAAUCUAAAUCAGAAACAAAACCAGAAUCCUCGGAAAUGCCGGCACCUAUUGCUAAACCUGCCGACACAGUUGAAUACGCUGAAAGCGACAACCAAAGAUAUCAGAAAUUACAGACUCCUCAUGCUCCUUUGUUAGAAACUGAAACUAUGAAAGUUACCAAUGAUACCAGGGCAACUUAUGAGGAUGCUUCCUAUGAAAAUAACUGUCACUUACAAGAUGAAGAAUCCAUUAACGUUGAUUCAGUAGAGGUUUUAAUCGAAAGUCAAAACGAUGCUUACUUAAGCAACAAAUCUGUCCCAGAACGUUCAUCUUCAGUCACCACAGAUGCCAUCGCUACCACGAAGUUAUCAGCAUCUCACUCGAAUUGUUCCCUAAAUGAAAUGGACCCCAUAGAUCCAAUUCUGAUUGAACAAUCCCUCAUGAAAAUCUUAUAUAAGGGUGUUCGUCCCUUUGAUACAGAUGAACAAUGUGUUGCAAAAAAUAACAACGAGCCUGCGCCAAAAUCUAACAAUGCUCUUAAGGAUAAAAGCGCAACUAAUACCAUGAAAAAUAUCUUGACUGACCACAAAAACAUGGACACCAAAUAUAGAAACAGUGAAAAGUCAAAUAUAGAUUACAAACGAUUGAAGUCAUGUCAAGAUAAAUAUGCAGUGCAUAAUUCGCCUUUUGAUGAUAUGAAUUUUGAAAUCGAUGCCCAGUAUGAUACAGAAAACAAAAACGUUUUCCUCGCAAUCCCAGAGCCUCAGUAUACCCUACCAUCAAAAAUACAUUUUGAAGAUCAAACGAAUGAACAGCAAUAUCUUUAUGAGGAUGAUUUUGGCAUGUUUGAGAUUAAUCCGUUGUCUUCAACCAGUGAUAUGGAAAAUGACUUGACAAGUGGAAGUGAACAACUUUGGACAGUCAAGGCAGAGUCGAUGUUUUUAGAUGACGGCAAUUGUGAUAUUGAAGAAACAAUUGAAUCCACUACAGUCGAAGUUGCACGAGAAUCGCCUUGUAAAGAAGCACACUCUGAAUCACUACACACUGGCCUAGGGCAUGGAACUACAAAAUCUGAUGUUCUCAACCAAAGUACAGACGUUAUUAUACCAGGGCUUGUGAAUUCUGGAAUUAGUGCUGAAGAAUACCCACUCUCAACACCGAGUCUUAAAAUGAUGGAUGCUGGACUCAACAGAAAGGCCAUUUAUCUUUUCCCUGUUACUCUCUGUAAUUUUUUUAAAAAGAUUCUCUAG